GAAAACUUUUGUCAAAGCUGUAAGCAAAUAUAUAUUUUUAAAACGAAGUUGCGUAUUAGUAUUCCUUGUAUUAUGGCGAAUACUGAACGUCUGCCUCAAAAUGAAUCUUCAGAAAAGAAAACUGUAACACUCUUCAGUAUUCAAUACAAUAUUGAGGAUUUGGACAGUUUCAAACUUAGCGUGAAUAUUGAAGAGUUUUAUAAAUACAUUACGGCACUUUUAAAUGAUGAAAAGAGAUCAAAGAAUUUUGAUGCCACCAGUAUUUCAAGAUUGCUUGCGGAACAAAUCAGUAAGUUCAAUAGUGUCGCAAAUUCAAUAUUUAAAGAUAAAACACUGCUGAACAAUCCAAAGUCUGUUCCAAAGUCUGUCCCUACUGCCGCCAAUAACCCAACGAAAGUCAAUUGUUCAAAAAAAAGGAAGGUAGAAAAGAUGCAAAAUCCCAUUAAGAAAAAAAAAGAAAAUGGUAAAUGUAAGGAAGUUCAACAUGUGUUAAAUGCCAACACAAUGGAAGAGGAGUUUGAUCAUCGCAAUAUUCAGUAUGUUUCAAAUCCUAGCACAGCAGAGGAGGAAUUGAAGGCGAAAAAGGUUCAGAUGGAGUUUCAAGAUCAGGACGGACAGCGUACACUAAAUCCUAAUAGAUUGGAAGAGUUAAAGGAUAUGGAAAAAUGUGCUGGAACAGCUUCGGACAAACAAAAUGAAGAACAUAAUAAACCGCAGUCUGAGCAAUGUGAAAACGCAUUUAGCGAACUUCAAGAAAAAAUCUUCCACUGUUUUGAUGAGUUCGAAACUAAUUUGCUUGGUAUUCAGCAAAAACUCAAACGUUCAACGUUAUGGAUCAAAGCUUACGAAUGUGAACUAGAAGAACGCAGGUCCAACUACGAAGAGUGGUACAAUAAUUACAUACUAAAGUUACCUCUGAAGAACAAGCAUAAUGAUGGAGGCGUAGAGGGGUCUAAGCCGCAAAAAUAAAUUAUCAUUAAAGCACAAAGUACUACAGUUAAAAAACGAAAGUCCUAGGUAUAUGGUAUGUAGUUUAGUACUUCAAAAGAUAUCUUGGCGACUGAGUCCACAUGCCAUUUAUUAGUUAAAUACAAGUUUAUUACCACAAUUAUUUUUCGGUACUUUUAAGCAAAGAAUAGUAUUUAUUGCAGUAGAUUACUUAAAAUUAAUAUAUUUUUGAAAUUUUACGGUGUACAUUCAAUAAAG